AUGCGGCGUGCGCCGCGUGAUGCAUGCGACCCCUUUGGUGCAACACCUUUGCACAAUGCAUGCUUAGCUCGGCGCUCUGCGGGGCGAGAAGGGAUGAUAAAGAAAUUGCUGAAUGAUGGCCACUCUGCCAAGAAGAAGGAUACGGCUGGCAUGACUCCUUUGCACAAUCUUUGCAGAACAGUGGGAAGGAGCAUCUCGGAAUUGGCUUCCUGUUCAUCCCAUCUACUUCAAGCCCGUGCAGAUGUCAACGCCAGGGAUAAGUGUGGGAGGUCGCCGUUAAUGCUACUGUGUGCCAACGAGAGCACAUUGCCGCCGAUGCUUUCCACGCUGCUCGGACACCGUGCCAAUGUCAAUGCACGGGACAAGCGUGGGAGGUCCCCUCUUCUCUGCCUCUGCGCCAACGAAAAGGUAUCAUCUGAGAUGAUUAUGGUGCUGCUUGAGAGCCGUGCGGAUGUCAACCAGCAGUCCAACCAGCUCGUUUCACCUCUGCAUGAUCUUUGCUCCAACUGGUCAUUGCCGGCAGCGCACGUCCUGCUUCAGGCCCGUGCAAAUGUGAAUGCUGUCAGCAAGAUGGGUACGACACCUCUCCACGAGCUCUGUGCCAACAUUGGCGACUACCAGUGCAGGGACGGCGUCCAGCAGGUGUCUUUGCUGCUUGAGGCUGGAGCCGACGUGGCGAAGUUGGACGACGAAGGCCGGCGGCCUUGCGAGGUGCUGUGCUUCAACUUCUUCCAGAACGGCGACGGCCCUGCAGGGCCGCUUUGCCCUGAGGUCCUGGAUUCUGCACUGUCUCCACUUCUCUUGCAGGAAGUCUCGCAGCUCCGGUGCAAGAACUUUCAAGCCAAGGCGGAGUGGUUCAGGGGAGUACUGGACAUGCUGCUGGUCUCGUCCCUGCCGCCUUACCCAGAUUUCGAUCUCGCGCACUUGGAAGUUCAUCGGGAUCAGGUGCUCCAGUCUAUGUGUCCACAGAUGGAGCACCUGACCCCCCACCUGGAAGAGAUCGAUUUCGAUUUCGAGACUGGCCAAGGUUCGGGAUUGACGAGGGAGCUCUUCGUGGUCUUCUCGAGCGAGAUGGCGAACGAGAACUACAAUCUCUUCGUAUGCACCGACACGGAUCCACCACGGCUUUCACUGUCUCCAAGACCCUGCGUGAACGAGUAUCGGAACUCCUACUUGCAGCUUGUGGGCAAGAUGAUCGGCUUUGCGCUCUUGAAGGAGCAGCACCUUCCUGUGCACUUUGCGAAACCUUUCCUCAAAGAGCUACUCGACCUGGACUUCUCCUUCGAAGAUCUGAUGGACUUCGACCCCGAGCUCUACAGACGCCUCGUACAGUUGCGCGCAUACGAUGAGGAAGGAGUCCUUGCUCUGGGUUUGAACUUCUCUCUUGAUGAUUCACACUUCGGCAAGAGACGGAAGGUCAGUCUCGUCCUUGGUGGCGAGGAGAUCCUUGUCACAAAGGGUAACUUGGAGGUGUACUUGCGACUGUAUGCCCAGCACAGAAUGAAGUCUGACGAGAAGGCUCUCGCAAGCCUCAAGCGUGGAUUUCAUGACUUCUGUCCGCCAGCCCUCAUCCAAGCAGCACGGACGUUCUUGACCGUCGAAGACUUUGACCAGUUAUUGUCAGGAACAGACAGCAUUGAUGUCGACGACUGGCAGAGGCACACGCGCUAUGACAGCCAAGGCACUCCACGCACUAAGGUGGUCAGGUGGUUCUGGGAGGUCGUCAGAUCUAUGUCGCUGCAGCAAAGGAAGCAGCUGCUGCGCUUCGCGACAGGAAGGACUUGUGCUCCCAUCGGUGGCUUCAAGUUGAUGAAGUCCGAAGAUGAGCACAUUCCUUUCACGAUUGCUCUGAAAGAGCAGCCAGUGCAGGCGAAGGUGAGAAGCUCUUACCCGACAGCAGCAACAUGUUCCAACCUUCUGCAGCUGCCUCGCUACAAGAGCAAGGCAGAGCUCGAGAAGUAUCUUUCAGCAGCCAUCAACGAACAGAUGAUGGCGUUCUCUGAGGAAUAA